CGGCUGCCGCCGCCACUACUGCUGCCAGCAGAGCUGCUGGGAGUGAGCCUCCUUUCUCCCAGAUACCCAGCUCCGUGGCAUCUCCCGCUCCUUGGCCCCGCACGGACCUCCCUGCCCUAGGGAACAAAAGCAGAGUCCGGACGCCCUGUUCUGCAACCAUAGGAUGAUGAGUCUAGAGGGCUGAGCUGGCAGUGUGGUCCUCAGCGGCUGGAAGCUGCCCCCUGCCUCUUCUCCAUGAUUCCUGCCUUGUGGGCCUGGCAGUCUCAGAAGAGCUUCAUUGAAUUCUCUUCCAUCGAGAUCCUGGGGAUUCACCUCCCCUAGCAUCACCCCUGAGCAGCCUGGACUCGCUGAUUGGACCAAUUGUUAGGAUACAUUAUUCAACAAGACAUGGUGGUGAACGGGAACUCUAAGUCUUCGUGAUUGAAGGAUUCUUUUGCACAACAAAAGCACUCCGAAAGAGUGAAUGACAUGCACGGCGCGGGGUGUCCUUUCUGAAGGGAGGAGCCUUUCUCUUGGAGAGGAUCCUCGAUGAGCCUGGCCAAGGCCCGGGGUCUGUGUGAAGAGGACUAAGGAUUAAGUAGGAUGUCAACUGAGACAGAACUUCAAGCAGCUGUGAAAACCAGCGCCAAGAAAGACUCCAGGAAGAAAGGUCAGGAUCGCAGCGAAGCCACUUUGAUAAAGAGGUUUAAAGGUGAAGGGGUCCGGUACAAAGCCAAGCUGAUUGGGAUUGAUGAAGUUUCCGCAGCCCGGGGAGACAAGUUAUGUCAAGAUUCCAUGAUGAAGCUCAAGGGUGUUGUUGCUGGCGCUCGUUCCAAAGGAGAACACAAACAGAAAAUCUUUUUAACCAUCUCCUUUGGAGGCAUCAAAAUCUUUGAUGAGAAGACGGGGGCCCUUCAGCAUCACCAUGCUGUUCAUGAAAUUUCCUACAUUGCGAAGGACAUCACGGAUCACCGGGCUUUUGGAUACGUUUGUGGGAAGGAAGGGAAUCACAGAUUUGUGGCCAUCAAAACAGCCCAGGCAGCUGAACCUGUUAUUCUGGACUUGAGAGAUCUCUUUCAACUCAUUUAUGAACUGAAGCAAAGAGAAGAGUUGGAAAAAAAGGCACAAAAGGAUAAGCAGUGUGAGCAAGCUGUGUACCAGACAAUUUUGGAAGAGGAUGUUGAAGAUCCCGUGUACCAGUACAUUGUGUUUGAGGCCGGACAUGAGCCAAUCCGUGAUCCUGAAACAGAAGAAAACAUUUACCAGGUUCCCACCAGCCAAAAGAAGGAAGGUGUUUAUGAUGUGCCAAAAAGUCAACCUGUAAGUGCUGUGACCCAAUUAGAACUUUUUGGAGACAUGUCCACCCCUCCUGAUAUAACCUCUCCCCCUACUCCUGCAACCCCAGGUGAUGCCUUCCUCCCGUCGUCAUCCCAGACGCUUCCGGGGAGUGCAGAUGUGUUUGGCUCUGUAUCUUUUGGCACUGCUGCUGUACCCUCAGGUUAUGUCGCUAUGGGCGCCGUCCUCCCAUCCUUCUGGGGCCAGCAGCCCCUCGUUCAACAGCAGAUUGCCAUGGGUGCUCAGGCGCCCGUUGCUCAGGUGAUGCCAGGAGCUCAACCCAUCGCGUGGGGCCAGCCAGGCCUCUUUCCUACCACCCAGCAACCCUGGCCGACUGUGGCCGGGCAGUUCCCGCCAGCCGCCUUCAUGCCCACACAAACUGUUAUGCCUUUACCAGCUGCCAUGUUCCAAGGUCCCCUCGCCCCCCUUGCAACGGUCCCAGGCACGAAUGACUCUGCCAGGUCAAGUCCACAGAGUGACAAGCCCAGGCAGAAAAUGGGGAAGGAAAUGUUUAAGGAUUUCCAGAUGGUCCAGCCUCCACCCGUGCCCUCCCGGAAGCCUGACCAGCCCUCCCUGACCUGUACCUCAGAGGCCUUCUCCAGUUACUUCAACAAAGUCGGGGUGGCACAAGAUACGGACGACUGUGAUGACUUUGACAUCUCCCAACUGAAUUUGACCCCUGUGACUUCCACCACACCGUCCACCAACUCACCUCCAACCCCAGCCCCUAGGCAGAGCUCUCCCUCGAAAUCAUCAGCGUCCCACGCCAGUGAUCCAACCACAGAUGACAUCUUUGAAGAAGGCUUUGAAAGUCCCAGCAAGAGUGAAGAACAAGAGGCUCCUGAUGGAUCACAGGCCUCCUCCACCAGUGAUCCAUUUGGGGAGCCCAGUGGUGAUCCCAGUGGCGAUAAUAUAAGUCCACAAGACGGUAGCUAGAUAGCGCAGGUCUGGGAGCCAGAGCCUCUCUAUGCGCAGAUCAACAGACCUAAGAAAUAGCAUCAAUGCGAGCUCGUGGUGGGUGCUUCAAGACUGGCAUGGGAAUCAGCGGUGCCACAGGCUCUCUUGUGCUCUCACCUCACCUCAUCCCACAGAGAAACUCAUAGUCGCCCCGUGAAAACUGUCUGAAGAGAGAACAGAGUGGUUUUUGGCAACCAUCAGCAGAUACCUAUGGCAGCACAAAAAAAAGCAAAAUAAAACACAACACCCCCACAAAGAUAUUUUCAAAAUAAAUAAAAAAAUAGAACCCAACAUUGAUCACCAGUCAAGCUGAUGCUUAACCAAGAAAUACCUUGAGCUCUCUCAGCUGGGCCUAAAAUGCCCCAGAUAUGAAACCAUUAUUGUGCUUUUAUUUCGCUACCUGUUGACCACUGUAGAGACCACAGAUGUGGAGUGACUGGCAUCAGAGAAUUGCAACGAGGUUGGCACUAACUCCUUUUAGGCCAAAGCAAGGGAUCCUCUGUGACCACAGUGUCAUCAUCCAUAUGCCUUCUGGCUGUGGCGAUGUGCGUGGCAUCUCUCCACAGGGCCUGGUCUGCCAUCCUGUGUCCCCUGUCCUCCUCUUGUCAUGUUUGAGAAAUAAUGAGUGUACAAAUUUUUGUAUUGCUUUUGACUUUUUUUUUUUUAGAAAGGGGUGAAGUCUACGUGGGGGAGGGAAAGCCUCUUAUGAAGUGAAUUCACUCGAAAUCACAAGGCAAAACAAGUGGCUGGCUCUUCAUUAUACACAAGAAUGUUGCCAAAACAACCCUUUAGUUAUCCUGCAUCCCGAUGAAGAAAGCCAGCUUCUGGAUGGAACCUUCGUUCUGGGGAUAACAAAGGACAUCACAUCCCAUUGAUGAGAAAGAUGGAAAAUGCAUCCAGUUCCCCAAGAAGCUGUGGACUCUUGAGUACAAUAAAAUGAUCUCUUUAUUUUUCUGAUACUUCGCUGCUGUGAUGCUGUGCGGACAAGUGUCUUCUCCAUGCGCCAUUUUCAAAGAAAAGUCAUUUGCCAAAUAAUUCUGAUACAAUUCUGGUAAUAUGGUUUUGGAUCUUAGAAACCAGCUUUCUCAUGGUGACAUUCAACGUAACAAACUGACGCUGUGCUCAAAUGGUUCAUCUCUAUCUCUUUUUGUACAUCAGAAAAUUCAAAUAGGAUUUUUUUUUUAUUUUCUAACUGGAAAAGGAAAACCUUACCAUUAAACUCUUUAACUGUUGAAGGGAAAUGGCUUUAAGGAGUUCUGAUGAUGUAAAUAUGUCACUGAAGAUGCUUUUAAUAAUGCCAUUACACUGUAGAGAAGGUAGCAGAAGGAGUGUAAGGUGCAAAAAAAGAAAAUAUGAUGGGUGGGGAUCCCUCUUCAGUUUUUCUGGAAUGACUUGUAGGAAGUUACAGUUCAGAGACAGGCAGAAGUCUUGGGCCAAUCAGCAGCUAGUAAACAGGAGAGGACGGGGCUUCAGAGUUAACUUUUCUGGAGAGUCCUUACCUUAAGCCCAAGGGAAGAGAAAGGAGGCUCACAUAGGAAGGUUUCAGAUUCCAUAAAGCACUCACCUCUUGGCUCCCACUUCCGCUCCCAUCAGUUCCCUGGACAGAUUGUACGUGAAACAGAAGGAGUCACUUCCUGAUUUUACACAUAUGGGACAAAAGUCUACUGUCAGUUCAUAUGUCUAGCACACAACUUUCAUAAAGAAGCUAUAUAUUUUUACCCUAUAGAGAAUUGUUAUACAGGUCAAAUAUGUUUUCCUGAUGUUCCUAUGCAGUUACAUGUUGGAUUUGGUGGUUUGACGUAAAGAAGGAAACCCUCAAAAGUCGUGUGAUUGGAUCUGGGAGUAAUUAUUAAUUUGAAAAGUCAGAUUUACCUUGAUAUGAUUCAUUGACAUUUGCCUGUAUGCUUUGGCUUCUUCCUAUCAAUAGGAACUAAAAUGAUUUUGAAGAUGUUUUUAAAGUGACUCUCCACAUAAGAAUCACAAAGCAAUGUCAAGCUAAUUGUUAUUAUUUAGAGCAAACAUUUUACACUGGAAUAUAGAUAAAUGAACCACAUGUCCAUUAGCAAAUCUAUGUCGAUGCUACCUUACUGUAUUAGGUCCCAAGAACUUGAGAAAUGGGAAGAGUUGUUCACUGCCCUCUGGAGCUGCUUCCUAUUGGUACAGGGCUCCUCCCACAAUGUGUAUCCAUCUGUGAUGAGGUGCCCCUCUCAUACAAAGGAGAAAUAAGAAGGAAUAAUGGCCGAGAACUGUCCUGAAAGCCGUUCUGCUUCCCUGAAGUGUUAGCAAGAUGGGUGGUUGCCACAGGAGACAGCUUCGGUGGCUCUGGUGUCAUGGUGCCAAGUCUCCAUGAGUGGUGCUGUUGUCUCCCUCACUGUGGCUGUCUGGGUUUGUCCAUCAGUGUCACACCCUUAUCCCCGCCCCUCGGGUUACGGUGACAUGAAGCGAACUCUGACUGGGGUUGCCAUUCCAGAUAUACCAUCUGCAGCCAGUGUCUUAGCAGGUGAUGACAGCCCAGCCAAUGGUCACCCCUCCCUGAGCAUGACUGGAUUGUAACUAGAUCUGAGCUGAAGGAAGAUGCCCAGCUGACACGCUAAAGCGAGGAGAAGGUCGAGAUUUUUAACUGCCUUCUGCACUUUCAUUGGCAGAAUACCGAUUGUUCCCCCCAGGCACCGUUUGGUGAGUUCAGAACCACUGUCACCCCCCUACUCCAGGAAUAUAGUGACGUGUCCAAGCAGGAGCUGAGGUACCAAUGCCGAGUUUGGGGAGUCUACACGGGUCUGGUUAGGCCGAUGGAAAGAUUCGUGUGUACGACUCACUUCCUCAUCCUCUCCUAAGCACUGAAUUUGUCACUUUAAAUUUUGAAACCAGGGAAACGCCACCUGUCAGUCUGUCCCCAGUCCCCAUAGCUCCUCGGUCUCUCCAUGCCGCAAGACGUUUUUGAUAAAUCGUGUUCAUCCUAGCGUCUCCAGCAACCCCAUCAUGUGAUGUACCGGGCACCUUCCUUUAAGACAAUGUUUACUCCGUGGGUUCGGUUCCUUUCAACUUCUGCGUUCUGACACAUAUUUUUUUAAUAAAGAUGAGAAAGAGAAAAAUGACUGUCGCAGUACGUUUCUAGACCUGCUUAACCUUUACCUCACAUGACAGUCCGUUCACAUAUAUGGACACGUUAUUUUUAACUUUAUGUACAGUGCAUUCAACAGAACAGCAAAAUUUUUAGAAAUUUUCCAUUAAUUUCUGUAACACGCCAUGUAAAACGGUUACAAAUAAACAUGUUUGAGAACAACAGCUUAGCCUGGUCUUAUUCCACAGGUUUCCAGCAGCUAGUCAG